AUGUCCGAGGCAAACUGGUGCCAGGUCAAAUUGCUGGGUACAUUAGAUGGAGUCGCAAAGCAUUGUUCCAGGGCCGGCGUCGUCAAGUUCAUGACGUCGAGGCUGAUGUCGCUCGGCCCCGAUGGCGAUGCUAUACUCGGUGGUUCCAAAGACAAGAAGACCAUCGAAUUGUACCAGCCGACAUGA